CUGUCCAAGAUUCUGGGCUGCUAAGAGAAAGAAUUAGCCACCGGGCUAACUAACGGAGGGAUUAGUCUUAAACGAUAUAACUGCACGUUUGGGAUUUUGAAUGUUUAUUUUUUUCGGAUGAAAAAAGCAAUGAAAACCAGCUCCUCCUCACCGCUACAUGUGCAUGUGAAUGACAGUACACCCGUGCAUGUGCAUGUAAAGAAGGGCACAAAGAACAGCCCCACAACGGCAGCCCAGGCAAAAACAAAAGGUGGCUUACGCCCAAUUGCUAAAGUUAAGACGAGGGUGCCAUGGAUUCCUCCAGGGAAAGUCUCAACACGAGAGGCAUCAUACAAGUGGGAGGGGCCCACCCAUCGCUUGGAGAUCACCCCUCUGCCUGAGGCAGGAUCUGCUCAGUCGGCUCUCCGGAUGGAGGACCUCUCCACUGAUGAAGAGGAAGCGCUGCAUGGGCGAAUCAACCAGUAUGAGAGGAAGAUCGACAGCUUGAUGACAGAGGUCAGCUCGCUGAAGAAUGAGGUAGAGUUGCGUAAGAAGGAACAGUUGCUGGAGCGUCAGUCAGAAAAGCUGAGCGCCUCACAGCGUGUUAUUGCUGAGCAGGAGGAGGAGCUUGCUGAGGUUGCCAAAGAGCUGGAGAUCACAGAGCGGGAGAACACUCUUCUCCGAGAGUCCAUGGAGAAAAUACUGGAGGAAAAUGAUUAUGGCAGGUUGGAAAGGGAGGGCCUGCAGCUGGAGAAGGAUGUGCUCCUGAAGAAGCUGUUGGAGGCAGAGCUGGACAGCAAUGCAGCUGCCAAGCAGGUGUCAGCCCUGCGUGAUACAGUCAGCAGGAUGUCCAGGAGUGUGAGUGAGAAAAGAAUGUCGGGGUCGGACUCCUCACUCCUGGCUCGGCAGAAGGAUCUCCUACUGCAGAAGUUGGAGACGUUUGAGAGCACUAACCGAACGCUUCGCCGUCUUUUGAGGGAGCAGCAUGGGCGUGAGAUGGACUCACUUCGACUGUUGGAGCAGAAAGAUUCCCUCCUGAAGAAGCUUACUGAGGUUGAAGCAGAGAACUCACGUCUUCAAAUGAAGCUUCAGGACAAAGAUAAAGAAGUCAGUCAACUGACCUCCCUUUUAGAGAAUGAAAAGGAGAACUCAAAGACCACGAGUGAGCUUUCCAAAGUCCUGGAGUCAACCCGAGCUCAUCUGCAGGGCCAGCUACGCAACAAAGAAGCAGAGAACAACCGUCUUGCAGUACAGAUUAGGAAUUUGGAGCGAGCGGCAAAUCAGCAGCAGGGGGAGCUGGAGCACCUGCAGGAGCAGUUGAAGGAGCUGAAACAGCGGGCAGAGGUGGAUAAAGAAGCCUUGAAGAAAGCCACACGGGCCCAAAAACAGAGAGCAGAGCGCAGUGAAGAUACUGCGGGACAGCUCAGUGCCCAGCUGGCAGAACUGGAAUCUCAGCUGGCAGAUGCUGUUUCAGCUGCAGAGAACUGGAGCAGUCGGCAUGCAAAAGAGCUGAAGGAUAAGGGACAACUAGAGAUAGAAAUCACGCUCCUGAACAACCGAAUCACAGACUUGACUGAGCAGUUGCGCUCACAGGAGGAGAAGGCACGUGCUGAGAGAGAUGGACAUUUGGACCGCUUGCACAGCUUGACUACAGAGAGCACUACACUUAGACUGGAGAACCAGAGCCUAAAGGCCACUCUGUCUGCGCUGGAGGAGAAGCUGUCCUUAUCUCGGUCUGAGGUGGAUCAGGUCAAAGCCUCUGUGAAGCAGUAUGAAAGUUUAGUGGAGAGUUACAAAGUCCAGGUGCAGAAGACACGUGCGGAGGCAGAUGAGUACAGUGUGCGUCUGCAGCAGGCUGAGAGGGAGGCACGAGUGGUGAGAGAAGACCUGGAUCAGGAGAUUGAGCAGGUCAGGAAGCAGCUGCUGAGUCGCCUAACGGAGCUGGAGCCUCUGCCUGAGGCCCUGAGACUCUCCGAGCUCCAGCUGCAAGAGGCACAGGAGAAGGAGCAUGUACAAGAGAGGAAGAGUGCUGAGCUUUCUACUGCCCUCGCAGACCUGCGCAUAAAGGUAGAGCAGCAGGGCACCCAGAUGGAGAUGGCACAGCAUAAGAACAUGGUGUUACUUGAGGAGAACAAGCAGUUCCAGCACAAGCUGGAGGCCCUCAAUAGAAAGUUGGAGGAGGUCAACACACAAAAUGGAGAUCUCAUGCAGGUCAUAGCAAAACGAGAGGAAACCAUUCUAAACAACCAGGUGCGUCUAGAGGAGAAGUCACGGGAGUGCACUAUUUUGACCCGGCAAUUGGAAGAAGCUCUGGAAGAUGCUAGACGACAGGUGUCCCAUACCAGAGAACGUGCUGCUUCUAAAGAACGUACCACUCAGUCCAAGGUGGUAGACCUGGAGACACAGCUGAGUAGAACCUCCUCAGAGCUCAACCAGCUGCGACGAGCCAAAGAAGAAGCGGAGAGGAGGUUCCAGAGCCGUUUGCAGGAUGUUAAAGACCGUCUGGAGCAGUCAGACAGUACCAACCGCAGUCUGCAGAACUAUGUCCAGUUCCUCAAAGCUUCCUAUGCCAGCGUGUUUGGAGAAUCUGCUCUUACCAGUUCCUCCCUCCGAGCCCACUCGCAGAUCUGAGAGCUGCAUUAGAUCUUAGCUGAGGUGACUAAAAACACACACGCACAUAAGAGUGUAUACUGUAUACACUGUAUGUAUGACCUGAGUUUAUGUGGACACUCAUUUUAUGUAUGUGAGAACCAAAGACUCUAUUCUCACGGCUUCCUCUUUCUACUACACAUGAUCCCUUCUAGUAUUAUCGCUGGAUAAUAUGAAGAGGAAUAAUUCAUUUUUAGUCAAGAAUAAUUUUGCUGCUUUACAAAUAGUUGCUUCUUUUAAGAUCCUAUGCAUUUAACUAUAUUACUCACUGAAUUCAGUAGUUCUGCACCCCUGCAAAGUAUUCACAGAAUAAUGUGAUAAUCUAUAUUACCAAUCUGAUUUCAGUCCUUUAAAUAACAGUUCAUGAAUAGUUUACAUUCUAAUAUACAGAGAAAAGUCCAAUUACAUAAACAUUAAAUAAUACCUCUUUUGUGUCAUAGAAUUUGUAGAGAUUAGGCCUGAAAGGUGACUCCUGGAUAUGGGACUAAAACUAGGGUAAUAUUUUCCAUUAGGCCAUUCCUUUUUAUAUUCAUUUGGCCAUCACUGAUGUGGUUUAUAUAACUUUCUUGGUUGCUGUCAGAAUAAGGUACUGUAUUUAAACAUAAUCUUCAGAAUGUGUUCACAUAAAUUAUUUAUUUCUGUGAAAGUUUGCAAUCUACCUGUCAUGACAAAGAUCCACUGAAAAUCUGCAGUUUCAUGUUGUCAUUAGUGGUGGGCACUAUGGCAAAAAUGUAACACAACAAUACUUCAGGAAAUUUUCACAAUACACAAUGUGUAGCACUAUAUUUAGUUUUUCUGAGGUUGGAUGAGUUGGAACUCGUGCAAAAAAAAUGCAUCAGAGGUGCAGUUUUCAAAAAUACUGUCAAAAACAAUGAAAGCCUUGAUUCUUAUUGUUUCAAAUACUGCACUGCACUAAAUCCUAUUACCCAAGCCUAAUUAUUCUGGCUUUUGGUCAGUUUUCUUUACAUAAGAUUAUAUCCACAUCUAUGAUGAUGCCUAGAAAAGCAUUUUGUGAUGUAAUUUAUCACAAUAUUUAUAAAUAUUGUCAUAUUGCCCACCCCUGGUCAUCAUUCAAGUCCCAUCCUCAGCGAGGCUAUAUAUGAGGGUAUUCACUCAGGGUAAUGCCAGGUUUUGAAGAUGUUACCACCUACUUUUAACUGAGGUGAUUUUAGGUAACUAGUGGACUGUUCCGGAGGGUUCUGACUGAAGAAUUCAUCAAUGGGUGCUACUGUAUUUUGUUUUUGUUUUUUGUUUUUUUACACACUUCACAAUGUAUGUAGCUAUACAUAUCAUAUACAUUCAUUUAUUGAAGUUACACUUGCACUUUUACUAUAGGCUGUUGCAGUUUAUCAGAUGAUGUGAAAUAACAAAACAAUAUCUCAUACUGUUGUCUGUUUAUAGAUUAAAUAGAUUAGAAGCUGUAAUUUGAUCAGUGUAUUUUAUAUAUAUGAAGUGUAUAGAUUUUUAUUGAUGUAUAUU